AUGCGCAUAGGGUAUGCGCGUGUACUUGCGAAUGAGACUGCUUCGCAUCUCCACUUAUUCCCCUCCUAACUCAUUGUAUUGGGUAAAGGCUGAGGUUAAUCUGAACAUUUUGGGGCGAGAACUGUUGGUGGGUAAAUUCUCUAGGUUUUCCUGGGAAAGGAAGCAAAGAAAUUCAAAGGAGAAAAUAUGAUGCUUGCAAUGGACCUUAUUGAAUUCGAUCCACUAUAUACGAAAGUUUUCGAGCUCGUCUUCGGCGGAAUUCUGAUAUGCGAUUCCAUCCACUGCGCCAAGGAGGUAGUCUACGACAGCCAGGUGAAAUUGCGAGCGGUGACAGCCCGUGGAGAUGAUUUGAAACCGACGGGAACGAUGAGUGGAGGAGCACCUGACAAACGAGGGCCAUUACUUCUGGACCUCAAGGAUUAUACCACAUUCAAAUCGGAAAUUGCAUUGAAAGAGGCUGAGAUAGCAAAGCUAGGAAAGGAGGUAGCGAAAUACGACAAAGUACGCGGGAGGUAUUCUGAACUGAAAGAUAGACUUGAGCGUGCCUCAGCACGACUGGAAGCUUUACGAGAGUCCUUCAAAGACGGUCCUUUGCAACAAUUGAGCGACGAAAUCAAAGUAUUAGAGAAGGUAAGCAUUUUCUACUAG